ACUGUCAGUUCCCAUGUCAGUUUAUUUAGCAGUAACUUCCUUGUGUCAACGGAUCUGAAGUAUUUAUGACUUAAAAGAAGAACGCUGCAGGUCCAGAAAUCUCCUCCCAGCCUGAGGAGGAAGAAAAACACCGCUUGAAUUUAUCAUUUGCCACUUGCCACCAUGACGUCAGCUCAGGGCUGAGCUCUCUACCUGUGGCUGGGACCUUAAAUGAGCUGACGCCAGAAGAGAAAGGCACUUUCUCUUAGGCUUAGCAGCAAGUGGCAGCAGCGACAGAAGUGGCAAUGAGACGCUCUGUGUUCCUCGCUGUGUGGCUCGGCCUGGUGUUGAGCCUUUCGAAAGCAGGAAAUGCUGCUGAGCCACCUGAUGAACUAUCACCACCAACCUCAACAACUAAAGCAUCCACUACUGCAACAGCUGCAACCACAACAGUGAAAACAAGCUCAACAACCAAAGAAAAUGCUCCUGAACCACCUGCCGAACCAACUGCCAGCACAACAGAAACGCCAACCCUAACACCUACAGAAUCCACUACUGCAACAGCCGCAACCACAACAGUGAACACAAGAUCAACAACCAAAGAAAAUGCUCCUGAAACAUCUGCCAGCACAACAGCGACAACAACCGAAACACCUACAGCAUCCACUACUGCAACAGCUGCAACCACAACAGCAAAAACAAGCUCAACAACCAAUGAAAAUGCUUCUGAAACAUCUGCUAGCACAACAGCGACAACAACCGAAACACCUACAGAAUCCAGCACUGCAAAAGAAACAGCUACUGAUUCACCAAAGUUGCCAACCUCAGGGCCUAGAGUGGACUUCUGCCGUGGAGAUCCUUGUGGAAGAAAUUUGGCUGUAUGUAUUUCCUUAAACAGCACUUAUACCUGUGAGUGCCCAUAUGGAUUCUACUACAGUGAUAAGAAUUGUUACAGAGGGAAAGUAUUCCCAGCGACCGUUGCAGUGAAUGCAUCUUACAGUGAUAAUCUUCAAAUUGUAAAUUCCACAGAGUAUGAAGAGGUGUUCAACAGUUUAUCAGCAUUUUUUAAAAACGCCUUUGAAGAAUUAACAGGCUAUAUAGAAACUGUCAUCGUGGAAAUUAAACCUCAAAGAGAAAGCAGAAAGGCUGCUUCACUGAAUGUAACAGUGACAAACCUGUUCAGGUGGGACUCAACUGUAGAUGAGGCCUCAGUUAAUUCUGCAGUACAAUUUGAAAUAAAAAAUGGAAGCCAGUCCUAUGUUGAUUCUUACCACGAGGCAAAGUCCUGUGAUAUUUAUCGAUGUGAUACGAAAACCACAGAGUGUCAGGAAGGCAUGUUUCCAGAAUGCAAAUGCAAACCUGAUUUAGAAAAGACAGAAUGGGAUGAUCGUUCUUGUUCAGCUUGCAGUAAAAGCUGUUCUGCAGAGACACACAAGUACUGCGUUAAAGAAGAAGAGGGUCCAACAUGCAAAUGCAUGACUAACUUUAAAAACAACGAUGGAACCUGUGUGGCUUGUCCAGUGGGCUACUCUGGGGAGGAAUGCACUGACAAUAGUGAACUCAUCCUUAUAAUAGUGGGCACAGUGCUUGGAGCCAUUAUCCUGUGUUUAGUGAUAGCAGUCUCUAUUAUUUCAGUCAGAGCAAAACACAAACGAAGUCCAGAGAAGAGGAGCCUGAUAAAGCCAGAGUAUUCUGACAUUAAUACCUCUGAUGAAAGACCAAGCAUGUUCCCCAGGGUGCAGACCACUUCUGGCCAUGCAAACCCAGGAUAUCAGCCAAACAACCCCUAUGAGAUGCAUUCCACAAACAGAGAUCGUUUUCCUGAGAGGGAUUAUGAUGAUUUGUAUGAAAUAUCACAGGAGCCUAGAGGCUUUAGGAUGCAGAACAGAUACUGAAUGACCAGAGCAGCAGAAGGAUGGAUGACCACUACAACACUGGGUCAGAGCAAAGAGUUUCACAGCCUCUCACCAAUGCAGUUACUUCAGCAGAAGAGACAACAGCAUCCUUGACCCCCCAAUUCUCUCAAGAUUUUCUAGAGGAAGACUCCUGCUUCAAAGAGAUCAUGGACAACUUUAAAAUAAAGGAAAAGUGUUAGAGAGUAGGGAGAAGAAGAGGAAAAGUUCUUCUUUUAAAAGAACUAAUGUGCUCCAAUAAACAUUAGACUGCUUCAGUGAGUCCAGUACAUUGGCAAGAGAGUGAGUGUACACAAGAUUCCAGGAUUUAACCCUGCUGGUUUUCAGUUCUGGAAGAUGGUCCAGCAAUAUGUGUGAUGCUGAAAAACAUCAGUACCCAGAGCUUCACUUGGAUUUGUGCUCACUUAAUUUGAACUACGGCUUUGGGCAGAUGAAAACUGUUUUCCAUGAGAACCUGACCUGUUUACUCUAUUAGAUACAGGUUUUUUCACCCUCCUCAACCCACCAGUAUUUCCCAUCUGAAAGCAUUCUGUUCAGAUCUCUGCUGACAUGGGUUGUGUGAGACAAAGGCACUUGUCUGACCUUCUCCACAGCCUUUCUUCCUAAUACAAUGGCAAGAUACAAUAUCUUCAAAAACAAAUACUAUUCUUCUUCAUCUUGCAAAACUGCAUUGAUUUUACAUUUUUAGCUCCUGUGGAAAGUGUUAGCAUUUUUUUUCUUUUGCAGUCUUUAUGUUUGAAUGAUAAUAAGCUUGGUGUUUGGGGUUUUUAAAAAUUUCUUACGUACAGUCAAUAAAUCUGUCUAUAAAAGAAUUUAUAUUUUACUGUAUUUUACUGAGUGUACAUUAUCUGUUGACUGGCAUUAUCAUUUUAGUAAUAUAAAAUACUUAUAUCACAUAUGUACAUAUAUUUAUAGGUUACAAUCAUUUGAAGCAUCAUUUAAUUCUGUUGUAUUUUGUGUUUUGGUUUUUAUAUAUGCAGAUUAACUUUUCCUAUUAAACAUUAUUUUUUCUCAA